AUGAUCAACUUCCACUUUCACCUUUUACAUCCUGCCGGCGAUCAUCUGACACCGUCUUCUUAUCUCAGACGCUUCGAAAGCCGCAAUUGGCAAUCCUUUCCACCGAACUGCGCGUUCAUCCAGCGCCUCGGAGCACGACGGGUCGUCCCGCGACUCAAUUGCCGGCAGUGUCUUCUCAAGUCUUCCAUACGCGCUGUCAAGCUACAUUUCCAUCCUGCUGUCGCCGAACCAAUGCACACCUUGUUCUCUUACUGAGCGGUCUGGCUCAGUCUCUAUACAACUGAGUUGUCGCUCUCGUAUACCCUUUUCGCGCAUGCCCGCCUUACCCACGGCUGCCUGACGCCACAUCGAAACCAGCUAGAACCCCCGAAGCAAGUUGGAGGGCACAUGCGGUUCCAAAGCCUGACAGACCUUCACGGGUCGACAUUCGAUCUUCUUUCUGAGACACCGGUGUUCUUCGCCACGGCUGUAAACAACAUAUCAGCGAGUGGCUCCACUCACUGCCCUGAACACAGCCAAAGCGCGAAAGCGUCUAAGCAGUACGCCUGGGUGAUACAGUAG